AUGCAACCAGCCGCCGCUUUGGGAAGUCUUGGUCGGCAAAAUGGGCGCCAAACUCAAGCACGCCAGAUGGCGCGUCAACGGCUCCAAGGACAGAAGAGCUUGACCCAGUCGACAAACAGACGGACGGGUCGUAGCAGACGGGUUUGUUCGUGUCCUGGUGAUGCAGCAGAAGAGCCUCCAGCUCGGACUGGUUCUCGAUGUUCUCCUCCUCCUCUCCCUUCAUCGCCAACUGGUACAUGGCCAGCUGAGGCGCGUAGGCAGGAUGCAAAUAAUGCAGUAAUUGCUGCUGCUGAUGCAUCCAUUCAUCCAUAUAAUCAGGCAUCAGCCAGGCCCGGAAUCCGGACGGUCUCCUCUCCGCCUAGGAGCUCUGGUCGUCUGGCAGCCUUGGGUCGUCCCCCUGCUCCAGACUCUCCAUGCAACGAGCCGCCGCUCUGGGAAGCCUUGGUCGGCGAAAUGGGCGCCAAACUCAAGCACGCAAGUAGGCCCGUCGGCGGCUCCAAGGACAGAAGUGCCCGACCCAGUCGACAAACAGACAGACGGGUCGUAGAAGACGGCCUUUUAAGAGUCCUGGCGACUCAGCAGAAAAGCCUCCAGCUCGGACUGGUUCUCAGUAUUCUCCUCCUCCUCCUCUUCAUUCAUCGCCAACUGGUACGUGGCCAGCUGAGGCGCGUAGGCAGGAUGCAAAUACUGCAGCAAUUGCUGGUGCUGAUGCAUCCAUUCAUCCAUCAACCAGUAGGGCCAGGCCCGGCAGAAGGACAGUUUCCUCUCCACCUGGGAGCUCUGCUCGUACGUCAGAAUGGGCUUGUCCACCUGAUCCAGACUUUCCAUGGAGACGAGUCCGCCGCUCUUGGAAGCCUUGGUCGGCGAAAUGGGCGCCUGUGGGCCCGUUGGCGGCUCCAAGGACAGAAUAGCUCCACC